AUGGUUUCCAUGGACAGAAACAAGAAUGUGCAGGAGGUUUUGGAUGCUCUGAAGUCGGAAUAUGAUAUGCUAAAUAAAAACUCGUCAAGUACAGAAAGCCGUGCUGAUAAUUAUGACACUUCAAUGAUUUUGUCCCAAAUACAAGACAUCGAAAAUUUUCGUAAGACUCUGGACGAUAUGAUUGAAAAGCAAAAAGUCAUACGCGAAACUUAUGAAAAAGAGGUAAAUGCGAUCAAACAUGAACUCGAUGCUUUAGGAGUAGAUGCUUUUAACUCUACAAAGCCAUCCUUUAACGAGCGGAUAAAUAAAGAUGCCAAGUCUUUUCACCCUCCUACGACCUCAAAACCACUCAAUACCGUUGAUGCUAAUAAAAUCCCUUCCAUGCAACCUCUUUCUUCUGCCCAACAACCUGGCUUUCAUCUCGAUCCAGCUCAUGAUUCUUCAUCCAAUGCCCCCGUCGCGGCGGCAACGUCCGGUGAACAUCCUAGUAUGACUCAUCCUGGACAGCAAGUGCUGCUCGGUAGUAACGCAACGAGUGCUUCAGAACCAUCGGUUUACGUGUCUCCUAUUUCCUACACCGAUAACUCUGCUCCUCCUCAUUCAACAGUCCCAGGAAAUGCCCACAUGGGUGGUUUACCUGGCUAUUAUGUCGCAAAUCCCGAGCAGCAGCAGCAAAAGCAACAACAGCAGCCUUUUCAACUUCAAACACAAGACAUCCCAAACAACACAAAUAGUAUAGCUCAAUAUACUGGCAAGCAAGCCUAUCAAGAGCAUGAGCCCCAUACCAAAGAAGUAAAUCAAGCUUCUGCUUACACACAGAAAAAGUCACAAUCCCCUAGCUGGUAUGUCACAUAUAAUCCAGCAUGUCGAAGAUUAUUCAACAUAAAUCUCGUUCAUACCCUGGAGCACCCUAGUGUUGUUUGCUGUACCAAGUUUAGUCAUAACGGUAAAUACUUAGCUACUGGUUGCAACCGGGCUACCAAUAUAUUCGAUGUUUAUACGGGACAAAAGCUUUUUACACUCAACGAGGAUUCUCCAGAUCAUUCUCGUGAUUUGUACGUCCGUACUAUUGCUUUCAGUCCCGAUGGAAAAUACCUAGUUACUGGCACCGAAGAUCGUCAGAUUAAGCUAUGGGAUCUUGCUACUCAAAAAGUUCGUUUCCUUUUUUCUGGCCAUGAGCAAGAUAUUUACUCUCUCGAUUUCAGCCACAACGGUCGUUUUAUCGUUUCCGGAAGCGGUGACCAUACUGCUCGGUUAUGGGAUGUGGAAACUGGUCAAUGUAUUUUGAAGCUGGAGAUUGAAAAUGGCGUAACAGCAAUUGCCAUUUCUCCAAAUGACCAGUACAUUGCAGUUGGCAGUUUGGACCAGAUUAUCCGGGUUUGGUCCGUUUCUGGAACCCUAGUAGAGAGACUUGAAAGUCACAAGGAAAGUGUUUACUCCAUCGCAUUCUCUCCAGAUAGUAAAUUUUUGGUCAGUGGAAGCCUUGAUAAAACAAUUAAGGUCUGGGAACUACAAUUUCCUCGGUCCGUUGGUCUUGCUGCUAUUAAGCCCGAUGGUGUUUGUAAAGCUACUUACCAUGGUCAUUCCGAUUUCGUUCUGUCUGUUGCUGUUUCGCCAGACAAUCGUUGGGCCCUUAGCGGUUCAAAAGAUAGAAGCAUACAGUUCUGGGAUUUACAGACAGGACAAUCUUAUUUGACAUGCCAGGGCCACAAGAAUUCUGUUAUAUCUGUAAGCUUUAGCCCUGAUGGCAAACAGUUUGCUUCCGGAAGUGGUGACUUACGAGCCCGCAUUUGGUCAAUUGGUCCCGCUAGUCCAUGA